AUGGCGCACCAGCGCAGUUUUCUUCCGGUGGCCUCGCAGCCUCCUAAUGGCGUUGCGACCGAAGAUGAUCGGCCAGGCACACCACCGCGCCCGCCGUAUUCCCCAGUGACGCCGACGUUUGCCCACCUCGACCCGGUCGCCGCGGGCAAUGCGACAAUUGUACCACCCCCGCUGUCGCCAUCACCCACGUCGCGUGUUGCAGAGACGUUCGCCUAUGAAGCACCGCGCCCGCCUGCCAUUCCAGCUGUCUUCAAACCAGAACCGCCACCCGUCCCAAUCUCCGAAAGCGAUAACCCCGAUGCUAUCGCCCUGCGCUCGGCGAUCUCUAUUCUGCAAGUGCAGAAGCAGCAGAGUCUACGCGAUAUUCACAGUCUCGAGCGCAUGAAGGAGGCCGCCGGUGCCGAUCCGGAGGGUUUUGCGCGCGAACUUGCGGCCGGCCGGCUGCGCCCAAAGGACGAUGGGACGGUGUUUCAGUUUACGGCAGACGACGACGAGGACGUGGAUGACGACGACGAAGAAAAUGAAGAUGGCAAAGAGUCGAACGGCCGCAAAGAAUCAGACUCAUCACCGUUCGGCCGCAUGCCAAAGCCCCAGAAUGUGGUACGGAUGCCGCCUAUCAAUUGGUCCAAGUACCAUGUAGUGGGAGAGUCGUUGGACCGUAUGCAUGAAGAACAACUCCGUCGACCGAGUUCCGGAGAUCUCAAACGUGGAGAGCUUCCGCCAGAGUAUGCGGUGGCCUCGCCCUAUCGCCCGCUUGUUGACCGGAUCGACAUGACCAAGAAAAUGUGA